CUUCUAGUGUGUUUAUAAUGUACUACCUCUUACAUUUAGGUCUUUGAUUCAUUUUGCAUUAAUUUUCGUAUGUGGCAUAUUAGUCCAUUUUUGCUACUGAUAAAGACAUACCCGAGACUGGGGAAUUUACAAAAGAAAGAGGUUUAAUUGUAGUUACAACUCCAUGUGGCAGGGGAAGCCUCACAAUCAUGGCGGAAGGCAAGGAGGAGCAAGUCAUGUCUUACAUGAAUCGCAGCAGGCAAAAGAGAGAAGCUGUGCAGGGAAACUCUCGUUUUUAAAACCAUCAGAUCUCGUGAGACCCAUUCUCUCUCACAAGAACUGCACAGGGAAGACCCGCCCCUGUGCUUCAGUCAUCUGCCACUGGGUCCCUCCCACAACACAUGGGAACUAUGGGAGCUACAAGAUGAGAUUUGGGCGGGGACACAGAUCCAAACGAUAUCAGUGUGAGGUCAGGGUCCAGGGUCAUCCUUUUGCAUGUGGUUCUCCAGUUGUCCCAGCACCAUUUGUUAAAAAGAACUUUCCUCUAUUUGCUGCAAUCUUUCUUUCUUUGCUGCCUAGAGCCUUUCCCUGCCUUUCCCCCUUCUGUUAUUCAUAUUUUAAGUCAAAUCUCAGGUCAGGGGUUACCCCUUCUAAGAGGCUAUCCCUGAUCAUCCCUCUCUGUGUAUGAGAGAGCCCCCUCAUGCCUUAAUCCUGAUGUUUAUCAUUGUAGGAUUUCAGCUGUUCAUCUUCCCACUUGUUUUCCAGGCCAGGUCUUGGGAGACAGGGGUUGUGUGCUUAAUAUUUUACGUGACUUAAUAUGCACUUAUUUAUAUUCAGCUUCAGGGGGAAGGGGAGGUAGUACUUGAAUCACAGUGCAAUCUUCUAUUAUCUGUGAACUCUAGAUUGUACAGAAAAUCUAGUUAUAACAUGUAAUUCUUUGAGUGCAUUCAGUAAUGCACCUUAGGUUUAAUGUGAGGAACAAGACUGAUAGUUCUCCUCAACCCUAAACAUCCACUGGUAGACAGGGAAAAUCCCAGCACCAGCUCCCUGCCCCUUCUCCCUGAACCAUGGAAUGUUAAGUCCUUUCAUUAGGCUACUGGGCCAAUGUUUAGACCUAAACUCAUGGCUGGACUGAUAGCAGCCCUCAUAGAUGCCAAUGCCCUGCCUUGAUGGGCCUCAGUGAGGACUCCUGACCAAUCACUGACGAGGGGGAUGGGAGGACUUCUGAUAGGGGAGUUGGCCUCUGCAGUCCCACACCUGCCUGGAGAAGGCCAAAGCCACCUAAGCAAAACUGAGCAGCAGCCCACAGUGUCCAUCUACCAUGUCACCCCAGUGCUGAGUGAUUUCUAAAAGGUUACUUUUUUCAAUUAUUUAAAAAACACUGAAAAUUCAAGUAAUACAGAAAUAAGUAAAGGAGAAAGUCCCCUGUAAUUUUUCACAGGGAAAGAGGAAGGAAUGGGGGGCAGUUUUGUAAAUCAAACAUGUUUGUAAAACUCUGUGAGUUUGAAAUUAGUAAAAUAGAAAGUGAAAGCCUGCUAUAAUUAUGGUGGAAUUAAGAUGUCUUAUUGUGUUACUAGAGACUUUUUUAAAGUAGGUUUUUAACAUUUGACCUUGUUAAAUGCUCCACUUUUCAAAACAGUCCUGACAAGAUGUCCUGCUUCCUUCCAUGCAGAAGAGGUGGUUUGUGCAGAAGUGCAGGCCUCAGAAGGCUUUGCACAUGAGGGGAAUGGCAAGAGUUGCCUAUCACUAAGGAUUUGAGGAGGAGGGAUCACAGGAUAUGGGACUGAAAAUGAGACAGGGCCAGAUAGCGGAAGGCCUUGAAUGGUACACUAAGCACGAAGCAGCUCCUUAAUUUGAUAUCUGGUUGUGCGUCAUUGAAGCAUGAGUAGAGUGGAGGACAUGGCCUGUGUGGUCCUUGUGUUCUGAGUAACUGUGAGAUGGAGUUCGAGUGUGAGUGCUCUACAAAGAAAAUCCCGUCUCCAGGCAGUCAGUGGGAUUUGAUCCUUACCACAAGAGCACAUGGACAAAUUUGAAUUAUUGUGGAUGUAUAUUGGCAGAAGAAGGUCUCAGAGCCAUAAGGGUGGGACCCUGUUAGCUCUGUUGGUUCCACUCAGCAACUCUGUGAGUGGGACCCUGCCAGCCCUGCUCAACGUGAGCACUGUCUGGUGACACUGGUCCCCGCCUGCAUGACUGCAGCAGAGGAGGUGUGGCUGUGACAGUUGUGGGUUUUGUAUUUUCUAUUUAAAUAUGUCCCUCAGUGUGCCAGUUGUUAAAAAGACUACCAGUGGGCUCUGAAGGGAUGCCUGCACACUUUGAAAGUGUGGUUCAGAUGUGAAAUUGCACUUAAAAGAUGUUUGAAGAGAGACGAGGGAACGUUGAUGUCAGUUUCGGUUUGGGCUGUGUAGUAGCAGCAUUUUGAGCUUGGCCCUCUCUCCUCUCUGAGAGCUAAAGACCUAAUCUCCCUGCGGAUGGCAUUGCAUGCAGUUAAUUAUGGCCAAAUGGACUCAGCCUCUUCUUCGUCGUCUUCUCUACACCGUGCCUUUAAAGGAAGCAGGGUCCUCCCUGCUGAGGCGUUCAGUUAGCCCAGGCACCAGCACCUCCAAACCGAGUCUUUUCUCUCCUUAGUGCUGCUUCCCCCUCUCCAGGUCUUCCUGGGAUGUCUUAGAGAGAGCUCAGAAAUAUGCUCAGCACGUCUUGCAGAAGGAAUGUCGUCCCAAGUUUGCCAAGACAUCAAUGGCGAUGUUAUUUGAGCACAGGUAUAGCGUGGACUUACUCCCUUUUGUGCAGAAGGCCCCCAAAGAUAGUGAAGCUGAGUCCAAGUACGAUCCUCCUUUUGGGUUCCGGAAGUUCUCCGGUAAAGUCCAGACCCUCUUGGAACUCUUGCCGGAGCAUGACCUCCCUGAACACUUGAAAGCCAAGACCUGUCGGCGCUGUGUGGUUGUUGGAAGUGGAGGAAUACUGCACGGAUUAGAACUGGGCCACACCCUGAACCAGUUUGAUGUUGUGAUAAGGUUAAACAGUGCACCAGUUGAGGGAUAUUCAGAACAUGUUGGAAAUAAAACUACUAUAAGGAUGACUUAUCCAGAAGGCGCACCACUGUCUGACCUUGAAUAUUAUUCCAAUGACUUGUUUGUUGCUGUUUUAUUUAAGAGUGUUGAUUUCAACUGGCUUCAAGCAAUGGUAAAACAUGAAACCCUGCCGUUUUGGGUGCGACUCUUCUUUUGGAAGCAGGUGGCAGAAAAAAUCCCACUGCAGCCAAAACAUUUCAGGAUUUUGAAUCCAGUUAUCAUCAAAGAGACUGCCUUUGACAUCCUUCAGUACUCAGAGCCUCAGUCAAGGUUCUGGGGCCGAGAUAAGAAUGUCCCCACAAUCGGUGUCAUUGCCGUUGUCUUAGCCACACAUCUGUGCGAUGAAGUCAGUUUGGCGGGUUUUGGAUAUGACCUCAGUCAACCCAGAACACCUUUGCACUACUUUGACAAUCAGUGCAUGGCUGCUAUGAACUUUCAGACCAUGCAUAAUGUGACAACGGAAACCAAGUUCCUCUUAAAGCUGGUCAAAGAGGGAGUGGUGAAAGAUCUCAGCGGAGGCAUUUAUUGUGAAUUUUGAACACAGAAAACCUCAGUUAAAAAUGCAACUCUAACUCUGAAGGCUAUUUUUGACAGCCUUCUUGAUGUAUUUCAUCCUGCAAAUACUUUGAAGUGCAGCUGGUGUUUUUAACUUUUAAUUUAAAAACACACAAAAUAUUUUAGCUCUUCCCACUGUUUUUCCCUAUUUAUUUGAGGUCAGUGUUUGUUUUUGCACACCAUUUUGUAAAUGAAAUUUAAGAAUUGAAUUGGAAAGACUUCUCAAAGAGAAUUGUAUGUAACGUAUUGAUUUUUAAGAAAGUAAUUUAAUUUGUAAAACUUCUGUUCGUUUACACUGCACAUUGAAUACAGGUAACUAAUUGGAAGGAGAGGGAAGGUCACUCUUUUGAUGGUGGCCCUGAGCCUCAUUCUGGUUCCCUGCUAUGCUGCUUUGUGUGACCCAUGGAGGAUCCACUUCCAGGAUGACGUGCUCCAUAGCUAUGCUGCUGAUACAGGGUCUGCGACGCAGCAGCAUGAGGCCUGGGCUGGUCGGAGGAGGUCACAGCCUUUCUCUGUUGGUCUGCCCUCUGCCGAAAGACUCAAGAACCAACCAGGGAAGCUGUCCUGGAGGUCCCUGGUCAGGGAGGGACAUAGAAUCUGUGUCCUCUUGACAACUGUGAAGCCACCCUGGGCUGCAGAAACCACAGUCUUCCCAGCAAUUAUUACAAUUCUAUUUUUACUGCCCUUUCAAAGCACUUAAGUAUUAGAUCUAACGUGUUUCAGUGUCAGUCUGAGGUGGCUUAAAAAAUCAGAACAAAACCUCUAUUAUCCAGAGUCAUGGGACAGUAUACCCUUUCCAGGAAUAAUGUUUUGGGAAACACUGAAAUGAAAUCUUCCAGCAUUAUAAAUUGUGUAUUUAAAAAAAAGAAACUUAUCUGAAUGCCUACCUGGCAGUGUAUACCAGGCAGUGUGCCAGUUUAAAAA